GCUUGGUUUGACCCGAUAUCCCCGUAUGAAAUCCCGAAGCAAAUGGCAUCCCGGCGGUCUCUCGCUUCGCGGCUAGGGUUUUACCGAGAGCAGCUCCGAUGGGGAAGGGAACCGGCAGCUUCGGGAAGCGGAGGAACAAGACCCAUACCCUCUGCGUCCGCUGCGGCCGCCGCAGCUUCCACCUUCAGAAGAGCCGCUGUGGAGCCUGCGGUUACCCAUCCAGCCGGAUCCGCAAAUAUAACUGGAGUGUGAAGGCGAUCCGGAGGAAGACGACGGGAACUGGGAGGAUGAGGUACCUCCGCCAUGUUCCGCGUCGCUUCAAGAGCAACUUCUGCGAAGGCACUCAAGCGGCUCCCAGGAAGAAGCCCGCAGCUGCGGCGUAGUUGCAAUACGUGGGAAGGAGUUGACUUUUUUCUUUACGAUCCUAUGUUUUACUGCAAACGUUAGAUAAUUGUUCUGCAUGUUGGAAAUGGAUUAUGUAGGUUUGCUUUUUUUUCUGGAAAUCAUUUGGAAUUUUUGUGUUUUGAAUUUAAAGGUUCGAAGCUUGUGAUUUAAACUUAAAGGUUUGUCUGUGAACUUACAUCUUCGUAAUAUUAAUCAUCUGGUUGCUUCA